AUGGGACUUAGGGUUUCAUCGCCUUUGGUCGGAGCCAUCCACGACCUCCCCCCAGAAUACCCAGUCUACUACUUCUUCUACGGUACCCUGAAAAGAAACCUAGAUCUCCCAGAAGAAGAAGAACCGAAACUCCGACCCGCCAAGGUAAUCGGCUACGCGCUGGCUAAAUGGGGCGAUUAUCCUGCUUUGAUCGAUGGUGAACAGGGGCAGGUUGUUUCUGGGUCUGCGUGGCUUGUGAAGGACGAAGAGCAGGCGCGGAAGCUUGCGUAUUAUGAGACGGGGGCGUAGAUGGUUUGCCCUUGUCGGUUUUGAUUUACGGAUGGUGAGGUGCCAGAAGUGGUGUCUGGGAGGACGUUUAUGUAUGCUGGGGAUCAACAGGCUUUGCUGGAGCAGCGGUCUGAUCGGAAGCUUUGGGCUUUGCAGAUGGGUAGUAGGUUGGGUUAGGGCAACUGUCACUGUUAAGUGACGUAGUUUCAAUAAACUUUACACAAAAUUCCUUUGGCAGUUCAAUUAUAAAGACGAGACGGC